AUGGCGUCGACCAACACUGAGAAGAACGGUGGUGUUGUUGCGGCGGCCGAGGAGGGGCCGUCUCCGGCUGCGGCUGCGGUGCCGACCCCAGUCCCUGAGGGCCCCGACGCGCCUGCUCCAGCUUCCGCUCCAGCUCCAGCACUGGCGGAGAAGGGCGGCAUGAGCGAGGUGAUCCGCAGUGCCCGCCUGGCGACGGAGAAGGAGCACAAGAUGACCCUGCUGCAGGGCAUCAAGCUGUACCCCAAGGCCAUCGGCUGGAGCAUCCUCAUCUCCACCUGCAUCGUCAUGGAGGGCUACGACAUCGCCCUGGUCAACAACUUCUACGCCUUCCCGCAGUUCAACAAGAAGUACGGCGAGCUGUUCACUAAUGCAGACGGCUCGACCGAGUAUCAGGUGCCCGCAGCCUGGCAGGCAGGUCUCGGGAAUGGUGCCGUGGUGGGCGAGAUCAUCGGGUUGAUGAUCAACGGCUGGUGUUCUGAGCGCUUUGGGUACCGGUACACCGUCAUUGGCUGCCUCGCCAUGAUCAUUGGGUUCACUGCCAUCUUCUUCACGGCCCAGACUGUGGUGCACCUGCAGAUUGCUGAGAUCUUGUGCGGUAUUCCCUGGGGUGUGUUCCAGACUCUGACCAUCACUUACGCCUCUGAGGUCUGCCCAGUCGCUCUGCGUGGGUACUUGACCACCUAUAUCAACUGCUGUUGGGGCAUUGGGCAGAUGAUCGGCAUCGGUGCGCUUAUGGGCAAUCUGUGGCGAACAGACGAGUGGGCAUACCGCAUCCCCUAUGCGCUUCAGUGGAUCUGGCCCCUGCCUCUCAUUGUUGGGAUCUUCUUCGCCCCCGAGUCCCCAUGGUGGCUUGUGCGGAACCAGAGGCUUGAAGAUGCGAAGCAGUCUCUCCUCCGCUUGACGAGCUUGGACAAGGAAACCGACUUUGAUGCUAACGAGACGAUUGCCAUGAUGGUUCAUACCACAGCCUUGGAGCAGAAGAUUACCAAGGGCGCCAGCUAUGCCGAUUGCUUCAAGGGAGUCGACAGGCGUCGCACGGAGAUCGUAUGUGCAUGUUGGGCGAUCCAGAAUCUGAGCGGCAACACAUUCUCCAACUACUCGACGUAUUUCCUCCAGCAGGCAGGCCUUGACGACAGCAAGGCCUACUCAUUCGCUCUUGGCCAAUAUGCCAUCAACUGCGUCGGAGUGUUUGGUGCCUGGGCUCUGAUAACGCUCGGAGUGGGCCGAAGGACUCUGUAUCUCUACGGUCUUGCCGGGCUCUUCCUCAUGCUCCUCAUUCUGGGAUUCCUCGGUCUGGCCCCGGACCGAGAAGCGGCAUCUCUGGCGACUGGCAGUAUCAUGCUUGUUAACAUCGUUGGCAUCGUUUGCGGUGUCCUGACACCGUACAUGCUCAACCCCAGCUCAUGGAAUUGGGGCAACUAUGCCGGAUUCUUCUGGGCCGGAUCAUGCUUCCUCUGCCUGAUUUAUACCUAUUUCCGUGUUCCUGAACCUGCGGGCCGUACCUUUGCCGAGUUGGAUCUGCUGUUUGAGAAGAAGAUCAGCGCGCGGAAGUUCGCGACGACCAAUGUCGACGUCUUUGCCGAGACAAUCGAUGGGGAUGUCUUGAAGCAGUAUCAGGACCAGAUUGCUAUCUCCCAUAUGGAGCAUGGGAAGAAGAAGCUGUGA